AUGAAUGAAACUUUAAUUACCCUAGAUGAAAUUGAUACUUUUGUGAUAAGAGUUAAAAGUGCAAGAAAUGAGUUUAUAGACUGUGUAUAUAAAAGUUUCAACUCUAAAAAAGAGAAAACUAUGUCAUUAUUGAAGCCAUUAUUUGAUGUUGAGACCGUAACCGAAGCUUACACAGGGUUAUGUAACAACUUAACAGGUAUAGAAGUCGUUUCCCACCUUGACUGUUUAACAAAUACUUCAGCUUUAAUGCCAUGUUAUGCCCAAUUUAACAGCUACUAUGAUUACUUAUCAGUAUUUAUCAGACUAGGAUCCGGAGAGAGAAAAGACAACAUCGAUCAUGCUACUAGAUCAUUUCUCUGCACGUAA